GCGCUCCCGGGAGGCGGUGGCAGCGGCAGCAUCCGUAGCAUCAGCAGCCUCAGCCGCAGCCCCGGGCGGUCUCGGGCAGCACAGACCUGCGGGACAAACGGACAGAAGGCAGAGGUCCGCAAUGGAGGGAGGCUCCUUCGGCGCCGGCCGUGCGGGAGCUGCCUUCGAUCCCGUGAGCUUCGCGCGGCGGCCCCAGACCCUGUUGCGGGUCGUGUCCUGGGUAUUUUCUAUAGCCGUGUUUGGUCCGAUUGUCAACGAGGGCUACGUGAACGCAGACAGCGGUCCAGAGCUGCGUUGCGUCUUCAAUGGAAACGCGGGCGCCUGUCGCUUCGGCGUCGUGCUGGGUCUCGGGGCCUUCAUCGCCUGCGCCGCCUUCCUGCUGCUGGACGUGCGCUUUCAGCAGAUCAGCAGUGUCCGAGACCGGCGUCGUGCAGUGCUGCUGGACCUGGGCUUCUCAGGGGUCUGGUCCUUCCUGUGGUUCGUAGGCUUCUGUUUCCUCACCAAUCAGUGGCAACGCACAGCUCCAGGGCCAGGCACCGCACAGGCUGGGGAUGCAGCACGGGCCGUCAUCGCAUUUAGCUUCUUCUCCAUCCUCAGCUGGGUGGCGCUCACCGUGAAGGCCCUGCAGCGGUUCCGCCUAGGCACCGAUAUGUCUCUCUUUGCCACAGAUCAGCUAGGUGCUGGGGCUGCCCAGGCCUACCCAGGCUACCCAGUAGGCAGUGGUGUGGAGGGCACAGAAACGUACCAGAGCCCGCCCUUCACCGAGACCCUGGACACGAGCCCCAAAGGGUACCAGGUGCCUGCCUAUUAGUAGCUGUUAGGCUCCGGCCAGGGCUGGAAGGCCACCUCACCAUCGUAGGCCUCAAGGCCUCCUGAGACCUUUCCUGGGUCCUACCGUGCCAGGGACAGAGAAGGUAGCCACUGUGGGACUCUGGGACCAAGGGGAGUAGCCUCCCUGGGGUGCCUGGACUGUCUUCACAAAGCUUCCCCUAGCCAGAGGUCCCAGUUCUAAGGCCCUGAGAAGAAAACAGUACUUCCUGGAGUGGACUGGCCUGGGAGGCAUUCCUUUCAUGGGGCCAGCCAACCAGGGACUCACCUGUCCACUCUAGGGUCAGAAGUCCAGCUGUCUUUCAGGGCAGGGUGCAAGGGCUUCUGGGAUCAGGCGGAGAGAGACUGAUUGUUUCCUUAGGUGGAAGUUAUGGCCCUUGUUCCCAGCCCCAUGUCCCUGUGGGCAGCGACUGCCCUGGCUCCUCUCGUGGUGGUCCACCCUGUCUGGAGGCUCCUUCCACUUCCUCUUGCAGGAUCCCUAGAGCAGCUCAGCCCUGUCGGUGUUGUGAUUGUGAUUAAGUCUUCAGGUCUCAUCUCAUAGUGCCCCAUAAGCUGCCCCUCUCCCAUGUGGCUCCUGCCAGGUGAGGGUGCUUUUGACCAGGAAGGCAUAGACAGCUAUGGGCCUGGGCACCCUUCCCCCUCCAGGAAGACCUUCCCUAGGGAAGAGUGAGACAGCUGGGUACCUGGGUGCCAGGCAAGACAAGCCUCUUACAAGGAGAGGACUAAAGGUCUCAUCUGCCCAGGGUGUCCCUGGAGAGAGUCAUUUCUGUAAAUGGCUUAACCUCGGCUUCCUGAACCGAUUCUCCUAAUAGGUCCUUCCCUAUUCUCCUGUCUAUCCCCUUUUAUGGCCCAGACCAGGUGUGGGUCCCCACGCAUAGCAGACUACUCAUGCAUUGCUUGAAGCUGGCUUUUCACAUCCAGUCAAAACCAAACGCGUUGCCAUAUCUCAUUCUUUCAGACAAAAUGCCUCCCUGUGGAGUUGCAGUUGAAUGACACCCCUGUACGUUGUAGCAUAGACCAAUCAUGUGGAGAUUUAAGUGGACAUGUUUACAAUUUUUGUAUAUAUGGAUCUAUUUCUCUCUCUUCUGAAAGAACAAUCUGUGAUUGUGUAUUUUCAGUGUCCCCUGUUACAACUGCAACUUCUUUACAAUAAAGACUGUAAAUGCAUUGAU